AUGAACCAACCCUGCACCAGACCCUCCCCAACACUAGCACCAAAGACGUUUCUCUAUUGCCCACCCUCUUACGCGCCUCCAUGCACUGUUACCUUCUCGACAAUGAACAAGAGCACAAAACAAGAACAUCUGGACUCCGUGUUCAAGCAAAAACGAGCGCUCCGAUCCAGGGUCCGCAAGGCCCUCAAGACUAUGGAGCUCGAACUCAGAUCCCAAGAAGACAAUGCCAUUCAGAGUAUUAUUUUGGAAUCUCCAUGGUUUAAAUCUAGUAGGAGAUUGUGUGCCUAUAUAAGCUGCAGUGCUUUGCGGGAAGUUGACACAUCAAAAUUGCUAUUUGAAACUCUAUCAAAUCCAACUGGAGGUAUGGCCACACACACAGGAAAAAUACUGUAUGUUCCACGCGUGGAGGACAAGAAUUGUCACAUGCGCAUGCUGAAAAUCUCAUGUAUUGAUGAUCUUGUUGCAAAUUCAAUGGACAUCCUAGAACCAGCUCCAGUGGAUAGUGAUGGAAACAAAUGUGAAGAUGUUAUGCUAGCAAAUGAGCCAGUUGAUUUGUUCCUCUUGCCUGGACUAGCAUUUGACAGAUCUGGAAGGCGCCUGGGUCGUGGUGGAGGUUAUUAUGAUACCUUCCUGAAGAAAUACCAAGAGCUUGCAAAGGCAAGGGAUGAUACCGUCAUUGGCAUUCCUGUUGACCCUAAAGGGGCCCGCGAGUGCAUGGUUUGGAUCACUAGCACCCAAAUCAGUGGACAGCUUCGGCGAGCUAGCCAGACUGUUCCGAACCCAAUUCAUGUCAAGUUAGAGGAGGCGGUGCCCGGCCGCAUACCUCUUCAUUAUCAAAGAAAUGGAGGACGAGAACCUAAAAUCCUACCUGUCCCGAUUCAAUAA